CCGUCUCCCUUCAUUCCUGCGGCCGAGUGGGAAACCCUAGACCAGACUUGGGUCGUCUUUGCCGCUACUUUGGAUCAUGUGGCGCCAGAGCAUGGAAGCACAGGAUAGGGAGUAUUUUAUGCAUCGCAUCGAAGAGAUGGAGGAGGAUCUGGAGUACGGUACGUUUACCAAGGAGAUGCCGGCGCCAAUGAUUGUCAAGUACCAUGAUCUCUUGGAAAAGUUAUGGGGAUGGGACAAACUGCUGCCAAAGGGGGAUUCCGUGUCGUGGUCUGACUAUAGCGCCUAUCUUAACGAGUAUCACUCUCGGAAUUUUGAUGCAGUUGGCAGCAGCAUAGCUGAUCUCGCUCAGACCUGUCUCAACAGUGAGGACGAGCUUGUGUCUGAGUGGAAGAUCCAGAUGAAAUCUGAAACCUUGCCGAUCAGGAAAUCGAUCGUCCUAAGUUGCCUCAUCGACCAGCGUGUACGUUCAUUCAUCCGCAAAGGCUGCAGCUCUUCUCAUGUUUCGGGUGCCGCUUUGUUGUGUAUUGCGAAGGAGGCUGACCUGACGUGUCAGUUGUUGAGGCGUGGAGCUGAUCCAGUCGAUGAUUACUUGGUCAACCAGGGCAGAGAGAUACGCAUGUGUGCCUUGAGCCUUAUGAACUGCACUUCCGACAGCUCUGUUGCUGCCUCCGGCGCCUUGUUGGAGGCCCAAAUGAUGUGUGCGUGGAUGAGUCAAAAUAACAAGCCUCUUGAUUUCGAAGAUGAUCCCAUACCUGAUGAGAUUAUUGACAGCCGCAUAGUCCGGUACCGAACCUUUAAUGUUAUGAUCAACUUACUAGAAGAGUCUUCUGCUGCUGCUGCUGGGUACAAGUUUGAUAAGGGAGAACCUUCUUCCAGUAGAAAUGGUGAUGGUGGUGAUGGGGAUGGCGUUACUGCUGCCGAUGGAGCAGCAAACGCCACAGUGGGUGGCAUUUCAGAUGUAUUAAAUUCUCAUUAUAAAAAAAAUACUGAAGGUGGUGAAAAGACUAAGAAGAUGAGGAUGGAAAAAGAAGAUCUUUUCGAGAAACUAUGGGGGUGGGAAAGGCUGCUACCACUGUCCAAUUCUGUUAAGUGGGCCGACUAUCGCAGCUAUCUUGAGGAGUUUUACAAAGGCAAUGCUUCUGAGUUUGUUGCUGGUGCUCUUGCCAACCAGAAUCCCGAGGAUUCACAAAUCGCCAAUAAUUCUUACAUGGGUGCUGCUCUUGCCAAAUCUUGUCACAAGAUGGAGGAGGAACUCCUGUCCGUGUGGAAGACUAGAGUGAAACGUAGCAUGAAUGACACCUUACCAGUCAGUACUAUCAUUCAGAGUAGCCUUAUUAAGGAGCUACUUUCAUUCAGCGCUACAGGGAGUGAAUUGUUGGCUCCUUCUGACGUUGCUUUUGUGGUGCACAAACUGGUGCAAAUUUUGAUAACCAGUGCACGUUUCAGGUUUACAGUCUUGCACUCUACACUUCCGUUUUAUAGUAGCUGUAUCAUUGCGUAUCUUGAUGGCUAAUUUGUGUUGAGUUCUUUUGCAAGUUACUAGCAACAUAUUCAGAAAUACAUCAUUAACCGGUGUUCUUGAUGUGCUGCUUUUUAAACAAGGGUUACCCUUGAAGGCUUGACUUUGGUUCUAUCUAAUGUAGCACACAUAUGUAAGACUGGUGUGGUGUAGGAGUAAUUGCACAAUGUUUAAGUAUGUCCUUAUGAACCAAGUCUCACAUGCUUACUGUUUCUGCGUGGAUAGCUUGAACUAGUUCUAUCCAACUCAGCUCAUACAUACGCCUUCAGUAAAGCAGUAGUUCUUUCAGUAGAAUAUUGGGUAUUUCGUUUAAUUAUUUCUAUGGUAUCUAGAUGAUGGAAAACAUUGGUUUCAAGUGUAUAACCAAGGAGGCUGACCUGAUGUGUGAGCUGCUGAAGCAUGGCGCUAGGCCUUUUGAUGACAUCGUCAAGCAGAGCAGCAUGAUCCGCAUGUGCCUUGGGCCUUGCGAACCUCAAAGGACACCAAUCUAUUGCUGCCGCAGCUGCAAUGGUGGUACGUG